AUGCCCUCCAUCCUGGAAGACCCCUCAACCCGCAACCCCCCACCAAAAGCCCACACCAUCGCAGCGCCAACCCUGUCCCCAAGGAAAACCACCCUCCCCAAACUCUCCAAUGCCCCAAUAACACUGUACCCGAUCACGGGUGGAGCAAAGACCGUGCCCAAGGAGCUAGUCAAGUUCCUGCACGAGGAGUUCACCGCGGAGAUCAUCCGAGGCGCAACAUAUCCCAUGGAGCAGCCGAUGGCGCUAGAUCAGUUCGCGGAGUACUGGUUUGGGACGUUUGCUGUUCUGGCGAUUUUGGAUGAUGAGGGGGAGGGACUUAGGGAGGGGAGGGAUUGGGAGAGGGUUUGUUUGGGGACUUUUUAUAUCAAGCCUAACUAUCCUGGACGUUGCUCCCACAUCUGCAAUGCAGGUUUCCUUACCACCACAGCUGCUCGCGGCAAGGGUGUUGGACAAGCUAUGGGGGAGGCUUAUCUGGAAUUUGCACCGAGAUUGGUAUGGUUGAGCCUCCCGACUCUGGCGUUAGCAGCUGGAUACACAUACUCUGUUUUCAACCUUGUCUUUGCUAACAACCCGGCAUCCAUCCGCAUCUGGGAGAACCUGGGAUUCAGCGUUAUCGGGAGAGUUCCCAAAGCUGCGCGGUUGGCUAACAGCGAGGAGCUGGUUGAUGCAUUGAUUUUCGGACGUGAGUUGGGGAAUUAG